CUAUGAAGCUGAGGGAGUUCAUUCUAUAUAGAGGAGGUGGAAUUCAAUAUGUUAACAAGGGAACAUUAUUCAGCAGCUUUCAUUCCACUGUAUGAUGCAAAAUUAGUUCAUUCUAACGGUUAAGGCUGAACUUUUGGCCAGAGCUGUAGAUGCUAUUCGAAGGGUUAAUGUCUCAAUAAGCUAGCUGGAAAUUAUGAUGAGAAUCAUUAAAUUCAUAAAGUGGAAGAACUCCUUCCUUAUGGGUUCCUGAGAAGAUACAUGCUUGUGAGCGUAUAAACCCAGAACCACAAACACUGCCCCCCCAUAUGCAACAGAAAACACACACACACACACUGGCACACACACUGGUUCAGUCGCUAGACGUGGUUUUUGAUAUUUUAGGGGAAUUGCAUUGAAUAAACAGGAAAUGAAAUACAGCGACGCCUCUGCUGACACACCAGGCUCAUGAUAUGUGGUUAAAAUGUUAAGAAAAAAAGAAGACUUUUAGCAACUUCUAUUAAACGCAUAGCCAUUUCAACAACGCUGAACCGCGAGAUGUCCGGACUUUCCAGAGCGCUUUGUUCAAAUUCCAUGCGACCGAUUUUCAUCGCGCUUUCUGGUUUGCUGGUGGCCAGUUCAGUAUCUGCUGAUCCAGUCGUGAAUGGGAUUGUUGGAGAGUCCGUUGUCUUGCCCGCUGGGUUCUCUCAACAAUCAGACAUUACUGGAGUGGAAUGGAGUUUCGGUCCAGAUGUCAUUGCUAAUGAAGGAAAUAUUAAUGGAACUAAGCAGUUCAAAGAUAGGGUGCAUCUGAACAGAAGAGACUGGUCUUUAACAAUCAAUCUGCUCAGAGCUGAAGACAGUGGAGAAUAUAAUUGUGCUUUUGAAACAGCUACUGGUCAGCUCCCAACACACGCGGUUAUUCUUCGAGUUUAUGAAAAGAUCGAGUCGGAGGUGACGAGGAAACCAUCGAAUGAAACCUGCCAUGCGAUGCUGCUCUGCACCACGAACCAACGAGAAAACGUCUCCUACCGCUGGAAGAGAGGGGACCAGGAUUUACCUGAGCAUGCUGGGAUACUGGAGGCAUCCCUGAGCCCUGGAGAGAGGAAUGUUACCUUCACCUGCAUCGCUUCUAAUCCAGUCAGCGAGGCAACAGCGUCUAUCCGGGAGAGCUGUGACUGCAUUGCUUUUGUUGCAGAGUCCUCGGGGGGUGUUUCGUUCUGUGUGUUGAAGACGGUCCUUCUCUCUGUGGGUCUGGUUCUGAUGAUCUCUGCUGUGAUCGGAGUCCAUGUGAGGGAUUGCACGCACACAAAAAGAAAUGUGCGGCGGCAUCGAGCAGCAUGUGAGACUUAGAGGAAGCAGAGACCGGUUUAGCCUCCUGCACUGAGAAAGGACUGCAGACCCGCAGAGCGACUGAAUGCAAACCUGCACUGAGAAAGGACUGAUUACCGUGUCUAAUACUUCACUGUAGAUACAACAUUGUCUUAAUCAUCCUAACUUGUCGCUUCUUAUCUCGCAUUGUCCAAAACCAAAAUGUACACAUUGAGAAAUAUGUUUUUUCAAUGUUUUUUUUCUUAUAUUUGUAUAGUUUUUGUGAGCUCUACUUGCAAAGUAAUGGCUUUGUUUUUAAACACUUGGGAUCAGAAUUUACUACUACUACUACUACUACUACUAAUAUUUUGACACACAAGUGUGUUUCUAUAGCACAGAUUACUGAGUGGAAAUUGAAAUUCUCACACCGAUUUUGAGAACGCCCAAAGGAACCGUAGCACGUAUUGACGAGUUAUUCUCAGAAAUAGAAUUGUGAAAAAAGGAAGCUGAAUUAAAAAAAAAAAUUAAAGCAACAGAAGCCUUCACACGUCGUUUUUAUCCACCCUGAAUUAUAAAA